AUCCGGGCAGAUAGUGCCAGUGUGCUGGCGCAACUAGCUUGCGUCUUGCCUCUGACGCCUGGCGUCCUUAUCUCGAACGAACCAUACGGGCCCCCAAGACAAUCGAUAUGACGACCGUCGUGGCUCUCCAGCCUGCCAUGCCACGCUCGACUCCCGUCCCUAUCGCCGCCGCCCGCCCCCGCAAGCAGCAGCAGCGGCCCUCGCCGGGGAAAGAGAACGUCGUCACUGCGAAGCCUGUAUCAACCACUGUCGGCCCCGUCGCCAACAUCCGCACACGGAGAGAGAGGCCCUGCGACGCCUGCCGGAGAAGAAAAAGCCGUUGUGUAAUCCACGAGGGCGCCGUCCUGUGUGUCUUGUGCGAGUUCCACAAGCAGGAGUGCACCUUUGUGCAAAGCCCGCUACCCAGAAAGCGCAAGGUCGUCGACGACGGAAAGAAGGAUUCGCCCAACAACCAAAAGAAGAGAUCUGUCGACGCAGAGCCGCCUCCACUAGCGUUGCCGACGCCCACGAUCACCGCGACCGCGCCAAGCCCACCACCGACUCAGUCGUCAUUGGCCAAUUCCCGUCUUCCCCAUCUAGGAGAAACCCUAGGCCUGCAGAGACGUCAGCAUAGCAGAUACAUUGGUCUAAGUUCUCCUUUUGACUCUGUGCUCAUUGGUCUUUCCAAUUUUGAUACCCGAAACGAGUCUACUUUCGACCUUGGCACUCUUCGUCGAGUAAAUGACCAUGAAUGUUUCAUCAUGUUGCCUGACGAGACCACCCAAGAUUAUGCCGAUGAGGUCGACACUCUGAAUCUCGUUGAGCAGAUUGUCCAUCCGCAUGGCCCUGCUUUACUUGAAAUUUACUUUCGCAUCGUACAUCCUAGCUUCCCUAUCAUCCAGAAGCACCUCUUCGUUCAACGAUAUCGGCAUGGCGACCGAUCUUUUUCACCGUCAUUAAUGGCUGGCAUGUAUGUCCUUGCACUUAAUUGGUGGUCGUUUGACUCAAAUCUGGCCAACUACCCAAAGCCCGAUGCAGCAAGACUGGAGGCAAUUGCGAUGAAAUCAUUAUCUCUCGCAAUGGAGAGGCCAAAACUCUCUACAGUCCAAGCAGGGUUGUUGCUGUUGCAACGACCUGAAGCGGACUCAUGGAGCUUAACAACUCAGCUUGUAGCCAUCGGUCAAGAGCUAGGAUUACAUCUCGAUUGCUCGUCGUGGUCGGUUCCUCUCUGGGAACGCGGGUUAAGGAAGCGAAUUGCCUGGGCCCUGUACAUGCAGGACAAGUGGAGUUCGCUCAUUCAUGGCCGGCCGUCGCAUGUUUUCAAUGCGAAUUGGGCGGUCAAGGUUAUCAAUGAUGAUGACUUCAAGGAAGAAGGUGAUGAAUAUGAAUCAACGCCAGAGGACAGUGAAGAAGAUAAGAAGGAAAUCGAGAGAGGCCAGAUUCUGUUUGCCCAGAUGAUCGGGUUGACGAAGAUUAUGGCCGAGAUAAUGGAUACCUUCUAUACCCAGGUAGCUAUUCAAGACUUUGCCAGUGCUGGAAAGAAUUCGACAGCUUUGGUACUUGAACGAGCGAGAUUCGUUCAGCUCAAGCUGAGAGAUUGGUUUCAAUACUUGCCUAAGUCGGUGAGCAUGGAAGCUCCGACCAACGGCAAGUUCUCCUCACUUGGCUACUUGCAUCUUGCAUACUUUGCGACCGAAAUCACUCUUCAUCGUCGUUUCGUGCAGUCCCUCGACGGCACCACAGCCACUUCAGAGGUUGUCUACAACCUCCGUACUGCCGCCAAAACGCGUCUUAUCCGCGCUAUGGAUUUCGUCAAUCGCCUGAAACCAGAACAUCUCCAAGGUUUUUGGUAUUUCGCAUCCAAAAUUAAUUUCACCCUCAUAGGGACGUUUGGUUCGCUGCUCUGGGCAACCGCCCCUUCGCAAGAAGAAGCCGACUUUUACAAAACUAGGCUGCGGGAGUAUAGAUGGACACUCAGUGUCAGUAGCAAACGCGCCGAGUUUCUGGACUACGCGGUGCAGAUGUUAGAUGCGUCGAGAGCCAUGUUAAAUAAUCUCGCCGAGAAACCAAGAUUGCUGGAUGAGGUUAGUCGGGCUGGAGUUCCACCUGCGGCCCAGCCGAGGAGUAGGAUGGGCCCCCCGCAGCAAAUUCAGGGUUCGUCGAGACAAGCGCAUGAGGAUACGGAGAUGUUGGAGGGUGCCGAGCUGAGACGGUUUCCGUCUGGAGGCAGUUUCCAUGGCUUCACGAAUGAUAGCUAUGAACCUUAUGGUAGUUCGGCGGUCGCUGGUUCCUCGAUGCAGCAGCCCGGUUCCGUGAAGGAUAGUGCGAGAGACGAUACGCCGAGGUCUGGGUGAGGUGAAGGAGCACCUUUCUCCGUGGACAUUUCCUGUGUCUUUAAGAGAUUUCGUCG